CAAUCGGGCUCCAGGACUGGCUUAGCGCUAACCUCCAAUCUUCCCUUUUAAUUUGUUUACAACCUUCUCAGAAAUAUAUUCUCCGCAAUACCGAGAAACAAGAUACCUUCAAGAUGAGCCUACCUCAACAACCCACCUACGUGAUCGUCCCAUCACCAGGGCCCUCAAUUGAAAGCGACCGACUUCUUCUUCGGCCAAUUACCGACGCCGAUGCCACCGCACUUUUCGCUAUUCGUUCCCGGCCCGAAGUAGCUGAAAUGAACCACCCUAAAACACCACACAAAUCAAUUGAAGAAACCCGUGAAUGGAUGGCAACCAAGGUGUUCACAAGUGGUCCAUCUGAUAUCAUCGGUCGUUCAUUUCAUUAUGCCAUUGUGGACAAGUCAAUCCCGGAAACAGAGGAACGAGUUGUUGGAUCUCUCAGUGUCAGCCAAGUAGAUCCAUUUCCUGAGAUUGGAUACGCAGUGCAUCCAUCUUCUUGGGGGAAAGGGUACGCAACAGAGGCUUUGCAAUUGAUGUUGAAGAUGUGGUGGAAUCUGGCGCGUCGAACAGUUGACGGCGAAGAUGAUUGUCCAGCGGAGCCUGAGAGAGCAUUUGCUCUUUGCGAGAAGAGGAACGCUGGGAGUUGUCGUGUCCUAGAAAAGUGUGGCUUCAAGAUCGUGGGUGAUUUCCAAGAAGAGGGAGAUGACCUUUUUAUUUUUGCAUUAGAGAGACCAUGAAUUCAAAAUUAUUGCUGAGCGCUAGAACUCGUCGGGGCAAGGGAUAAUUUCAGUGAAAGAAUUUGGCUGAGAAUUAAUUGCCGCUUUUCAAAAGGGC